AUGGUCAUGUGGUGCGAACGGCGGCGAGUUCGGGUGGAGAUGUCCACAAGCGUCGGUGGCGAUCGACGUAGUCUGGGCUGUCGGCUAGGGAUUAACGCCAAUUCAGCUUUCGGCCUGUUGCUCGAUGAUUUUUUACCAAUCUCCAAGACUAGUGGGCGAAAUCGGGUUAACGGGCACGAGUUACGACGACUCACUGGUCAACUACAACUCAAGUCGGCCGCUGAAAACGUUCUGCCCAAGGAAGUCCCGCUACCGAGAGUAACCACGCAGUCGGCAUCGACGGACACGCCGUCGACAGCUAGUUCAUCCCCAUCGGAGAGGACAGCACGCUCGAAUCCCCACCGCAACUUCCAUCAGAAAGUCUGA